CAGUCAGUCUGUUCGCGCGUGUGAUCUGUCAAGCAAACGUACAUUUGGAUGGUGGAUUUCGCAACUGGAAAUUUUAAAUCGCUAUUUUAUUCGACAUUUUACGUGAAAUUAGUGCUGUUAUUGUUCAAAAAAUAUAGUGACACAGGUGCUACAAAGGUUAGAUAAACCAGCAAUAGUGUCGGUGACUUAUGCAUUCCUGGAAAUGAUAGCAAAGUAAAAGCCCACUCCAACACAAUGGACGAUAAUCUCGGUGCGGAUCGGAAGGCGGGCGGUGGUGAUUACUACCAUGACUUUGCGGUGGAGAGGAAAUUCAAGCGGGAAUACGCUGGUGAUAAGGUGGACAAUGGCGGAACGGGUGGAGGCGGACGAGGUGCUGGAAAGCGAUAUCAAAGCUCUCGCACCAUUACGAAGCGUAAAGAUAACCAGAAACAGCAGUAUGGUGACGCUCUUGCAAUGGGAUACAAUUCGCAGGAGUUGAACAAGCAGUUGCAGGCCAACUUGCCGGAGGAUAUGCGCAUAUCCAAACUGCUUCGGCGCCUGUGUCAGGAAACGGAUGUUAAGACAUGUCUGGAUUUGUGUUCGAAGCUAGGGGUGGUGGUGCUGGAACCUUGUAAUACGUCCUAUGUGCGUAAGUCGUUUGACAUUCUGGCUGAUGGAAUAAUGUCGGUGCUGGAGAAUGGGCCACGGGAUUGCGUGGAAGCGGUGGCGGAUGUGUUCGGAAUGAUGGGAUACGUGUCUCGGACCGAUUUCAAUGUGUACCGGGCUUGGAUCGUCAAAUACUACAAAUAUUCCAAGAAGCUAAAACGCGCCAUGCUACGAGCCCUGAGAAAGACCGUUAGCCUCGAUGCCGGUGACGAACUGAAAGAUAUGGCUGGGAAGUUGAUGGAUUUGCUAAAGGAUUAUUUAGAGGCGGCGGAUACGGUUGAGACGUUUGUGGCCAUCAUCGAGAUUGUCGGAGAGCUUAGCAACAAGUAUCCCAACUAUUUCAAGCCACACUUCAACGACGUUGUGGACAUUGUCGUUGGGUGGCACUUGGAGACGGACCAAUCGCCGGAAGUUAAAAAGCACUGUACCAAGGUUCUCCUAUCUUUCAAACAUUUCUGGUACGACGACAUGAAAUUUACGCUCAAUCUGUUGGGUCAGUUCAUCGAAGACAUCGGCGUGUGCUGUGAGGAUCUGGAAGCAUCCAAUGCAGCGAAAGAGAAGACGCACUUCUUGUCAUCGGCGAUUUCGUUCAGCUCGUUACUGGAUGCAUUCAACACCGUCAUAAAAUGUCUGUUCGCUACGCCGGAAUCGCUGCUGCAUUCUGUCGGGAAAGAUAUCUUGGACGGGAGCUUUGAGCUGAUAGUCAAAGGAAGUGCGCUCAUUGCCAAUGGACGGUGCCUGGAAGAGGUCCUACUGCCAAUUAACGAAAGCCUGAUAAUUCUACUAAUGGUGGAACCAUGCGCAACUACGGUAGGCGUUGAAGAAGUGAUGGUGGUAAUCCAAGCGGAAAUUCGGAACGUCGAGCAUAUGAAUAAGAGCCAGAUCACAAGUUUGCUCCUGUUGCUAUUCAAGUAUGCGGAAUACAACACUGGGAGUAUGGCCCCUGAAUUUUUGAACUUGCUAUGGGAUCCCAAGUCUACUUUUGUGAAGCUGCGUUACCACCAAUCGCGCGAAGUUCAAGAAGGCUUACUUAAACUGUAUCACCGUAUUCUGGCUAUUAAAAACGUGGACAUCCUUCAGAGGGCAUACAAGUUUAUUCUUGACGAUCUGGACCAAGCAAUGCUUUCGAUGCAAAACAAAAGUUCUUCCAUCAGUCUUGCUGAUCGUGCUCGGAUGCAAUUCGACAUCAAUUUUAAUCUUCUGACAAUUUCUACGCUGGCAAUAGCCAACAGUUCGAUUAUAGUAAUGUGGACACUCCAGCCAAGUAUUCUCGUAGUAUUGCUGGAAAAGUUAUGUCUGCUGGAUACCGAUCUAUGGAACGACUAUCAAACGCUGCAUUACGCCAUUUUAAGAGUAGCCUAUCAGCAUUGCCUGAAAAAUAACAACUUUAUAUCAUCAAGUGCUCUGUUGCGUUCAAAGAAUUAUUCUCUGGUUGAUUCGUUCAAUCAUCUAGCUUUGGACUCAUCUCCGGCUUCUUCGACGAGUCCGACGGCCGAGCAUUUCCGGAUAAUAAUUGAGUUCCUGGAAAAGGCACUCCAAAAACAUAACGCCAUUCAUCACCUGGAGUUGCUGUUGGACUGGUGCCAUGCGGUGAUCCAGCAGUCAUCGCAGUAUUUCGAUGUGCUCGUUGGAAACCAGAGCUUCACUGCGAUCUUGCAAAGCAUUUGCGACAUCAGCAUGCGCACGAACCGGAAUCUUACGCUCCGAUGUGCCGAGUGCCUGGACCUGGCCAGUUCGUACAAACAGCUGGCUACGGCAGUCUUCCAGAGCAUCGCUGAAGUGUGCUGCGUCCAUAUGUGUGCGGUCAAUGCCGAGAUUCGUCAGCGAUUUUCGUACAUUCUCGGAAAACUUCCAUUACGGUUUUCGUUGAAGCAGGUCAGUCAAUUCACCGGGAAUAACCAAAGACGUAGUCAACAGAUUUACGAAUUACAAAACUGGUACGUAAGCACGGAAAACACGGGCGACUUGCGCUCGCAGUAUUUUCGAAAUUUCAUCGAGAAGAUCGGCUUCCAUCGGGAUACCGAGGCUAUUGACGAAUUUCUCAUGGAAGCGUUCACCAAGUCGUGGUUCAUUAGCAAGGAUAAAAACUACGCCUAUGGCAACAUGGCACUGAAUGACUUGCGGUGCUUGGUGCCUUGGGUCCAAUGGGAAGCUGCCCAUUUUUGUGUCAACAACAAACUACGAACCCCACUCGGAAAACCCCAGGAAACAUUCCUGAAGAUUGAGUCGAUCAUAAAAGAGGAUGCCAGAGUUCUGUCGUUGAAAGAACGCACGCCAGUGAAAGAUAUCAACGUGUCGAUGGCAAAUCAACGCCAUGCAAGAAUUUUGUUGGGUUUUCUGGAAGCACUGGAGAAGGCCAUCUAUAAUGCUGCUGAAGGAACAGCCUUUGCGUUACCAAAUCCGGAAAAGCCCGCCAGAACUUUCUUCCGGGUGAAUGCACCUACCUGCGCCGAGUGGUUCAACCGUAUCCGCACGGCAGUAGAUCUGGUUGCCUUGCAUUGCAUGGAACCGGAAAUGGUGAUCCGUUACUCAGAGGCUGUACUGAAGGAGUUGGUCCUGGCCAACAAAGUGAACGAUCUAAUAUUUGAGCACACCUUGAUGUCCCUGGUUUGGGCACUGCUGCGAAGCUGGGAAAGUGAUGCCCUCUAUGGCGUGUACGUGUGGGCGAAAAAGGUGACCGGAAGAAAAUAUCAGUGGAUCAAGAUGGCAGCAGAGGAAGCCGCAGGUCACCGUGAAGCAGCAACCGAUGGGUUCUUGAAUAUCCUAGCGGAUCCCGAGUCGGCCAAUUUGGAUCGACACAUCCGAGACUUCAUCGUUGAUCAGAUCACAUUGUCGUUGACCUUUACGGAAAGGCUUCCGGAGUUGUACGAUUUUCUAGUUGCUGAAGAGACCAGUGAAACACCGAGAGUAACUAUUCCGCUGUUUACCUUUACGUCGCAACAGGUCAAAGACUGGAUCGCAUACGAAAAAACCAGAGACAAAAACGUGAUUGACAUGUCCCACUGGGAGCUGAUCGAUUUGGGCACCGAUGUGCCCAAUAACUUCUCGUGCUACAAAAUUCUGUGCGACACGGAAAACACGAUUGCUAUUUCGUUCCUGAAACAGUUUACCACCAGCCAGGAGGAAACCCUUCGCAUCUGCAACGAGGUGAUCCACAGUGCCCUGCAGGAGUGUCUUCUGACCAAAUCACGGGAACAUCUAUUCCAGCUGAUCAUCACAAACCACGUGGGGCACAUUGCCACCCUGAACGAGUACACUCUGGACAAUUCCAAAUCGAUUCGCGUGGAGAAGCAUUACGGCUCACUGGCCAUGAUGCGGGUGUUGCAUUGGUCGGAGUAUUUGGACGCCGGUAAAAACUGCGAACAGCACAAUAUGGAAAUGCGGCUGGAUUUGGUCUCGGUGGCUAGGAAGGAGAACAACUUCAGGCUGUGUCAGUAUGAGCUGGAUAUUUUCUACAGAGAUUCCAACCUGGCAAGGGAGUUGGGUUUGGUAAAACAGCUAAAUGUGGACAAAGCUCAGCAGCACUUGAUGGGCGAGAAGGUGGGCUGUGAGGUUUGGGACGCAAGUUUGAGUAGGGCUGUGUAUGAACAGUGCAAGUGGAUCUACUGUCAACCAGGAAGAAAACAGGAAGCAAUUCAGUUCGCGUCCCAAGCGGCUCGGCAGAUUUCCGAACACUUGGAUGUUCUGGAGGAAAAUGCUACAGACGAACUUCGCGAAAGAAAAUCUCGCUUUUUACUUACCUUGGCAGAUUGGGUACAGAGUGAGGAUGCAAAGCUUCUUCAACAUGAUUCGAGCACGGCUUUGAACGUGUUAAUCGCAUCCCUGCCGGAAGUGAGACCGACCAUCGACGGUCGCAUGUUGUCCAUCUUCUCUUGCUUGGACAUUGUCGUGGGAAAAAUUCUACAGGCAAGCACUCAGUCCUGUCCGGAACUGGCCAAAGCUUGGUGCCAGUUUGCUUCCUGGUGCUAUCGCUGGGGAAAGAAGAUGGUCGAGUUCAACACGGAGGCCAACACAGCUCAUAAUGUUAACCUGGAGGAAAUAAAUAAAAUCUUACCAUCCAAUCUGUCAGAAGAAGUUCAGAAAUCGAUUCUGGUCAUCCUCAACCAACACGAGGUGAUUUCCGAAGAGGAAGAAUUUGGCUUGAACGAAACGAGCUCCACGGAUCUCCUGGAGUCGCUGAAGGCAACCGUGCCCGAAUUGCAGAACUGUCCUCCGGAGAAGCUUCAGUCGAUUGUGGAGAUUUGGCGUCAAACUCACAAAACGGUAUACGGGUACUACGAGGCGGCUGCUUCGGCUUACUUCCGCUUCCUGGAACUGUCCUCUUCGCUUGAGAUGGAAAACGAAAAUGGCAAUUCGUCGACUGUCACUGCAACGCUCCGUCUACUGCGAUUGAUCGUGAAACAUGCCCUUGGACUAAAAGAAGUUCUAGAACGUGGUCUAGCCAGCACGCCUACUAAGCCAUGGCGAGUUAUAACUCCACAGCUAUUCUCAAGGCUGAAUCAUCACGAACCUUAUGUGAGGAAGCGGGUUUCGGAACUGCUGUGUCGAGUGGCCAAGGAUGCACCACAGUUGAUUAUCUUCCCAGCGGUUGUGGGCUCUGUUCAGGAGAAGAAAGUCGACAUAAAUGAGCUGAGCGGAGAAAACACCGCGGAAUGUGCGCCGAAAGAUUCCGGAGAUGAAACGUUAGGACUCGUGUAUUGCUUCAACGCUCUGUUGGACAUUUUGUCCAGGGAUGCACCGGAAACCGUUCAACAGGUCAAGGUUUUGGUUCACGAAUUGAGACGGAUUUCACUUUUGUGGGACGAGUUUUGGGUUAUAUCGAUGCAACAAAUCUACUCCGAGUACAACAAAAGUUUCAUCAAUUUCGAAAAUGAACUCACCAAGGUAACGGAAAAUGGACAGUUGGACAAGAAACGGGAUCUUCUCAUAGAGAAGCAUAAGCUGUUGCACCGACCUUUGGUAUUCGUUCUGGAGCAGCUGUACGAGAUGACUUCUCGAUCGCCCGAAACAAUACACGAGCGUCAUUUCCAGGAUCGUUUCCUAAAGUACAUCAGUUUGAUGAUCGAAAAACUGAAAGAGCCAUUAGACUUCGCUAAGCCUAUCCAGGGCUGGACGCAAUUCAAGAUCCUGUUCGGACAAAUGCAACAAAGAGGUCAAAAGCGAACUGCCUUCUCGUUGCGCCUAUCUGAAAUCAGCCCUGUCCUGGCCAAACUCUCCAACACGGCCAUAUCCAUGCCUGGCAUCGAGAGCACCCAAAUGCAGCAAAUCCUCAUCCGCUCCGUGGACAAUCUCGUUCAGAUCCUUCCAACCAAAACCAAACCGAAAAAGCUCAUGUUCUACGGCAACGAUGGACGCCGUUACAGUUACCUCUUCAAAGGCCUUGAGGAUCUUCAUCUGGACGAACGUAUCAUGCAGUUCCUGUCGAUUGCGAACCUCAUGAUGAAAAAGUCGAUCGAUUGCAACGGAAACAUCACCUACUACCGGGCGGAACAUUACUCUGUGAUUCCGCUGGGGCCGCGGUCCGGCCUGAUCAACUGGGUGGACAACACGGUUCCGAUUUUCUCGCUGUACAAAAAGUGGCAACAACGGGAAGCACUGCAGAAAAAGGACAAACCGGGUGUGGUGAAUCGACCCUCGGAGCUGUAUUAUCAGAAACUAACCCCCCUGCUGCAACAGCACGGCAUGAAGACCAGCGACAACCGCAAGGAUUGGCCCGUGCAAGCGUUGAAACAAGUGCUCAAAGAACUGCAGGAAGAAACGCCUCGCGAUUUGCUCGCCAAAGAAUUGUGGUGUCACAGUACGACGGCUGCCACCUGGCGGCAAGUGAUUCGUAACUAUUCGCUCUCGAUGGCGGUAAUGAGUGUCAUCGGUUAUAUCAUAGGCCUGGGGGAUCGCCAUUUGGACAAUGUGCUGGUGAAGUUGGCGUCCGGUGAAAUUGUGCAUAUCGAUUACAAUGUGUGCUUCGAGAAAGGAAAAACUCUACGGGUUCCGGAGAAGGUGCCCUUCCGGAUGACACCGAAUCUGGAGGAAGCGCUGGGAGUCACCGGAAUUGAGGGUACCUUCCGGCUAGCGUGCGAACACGUUCUCAAGUCGCUGAAAAAAGGGCGCGAAACGUUGCUCACGCUUUUGGAAGCAUUCGUCUACGAUCCGCUUGUCGACUGGGCAGUCAGCGAAGAUGGCGGUACGGCUGGCUUUGCCGUGUCCACUUAUGGCAACCGUGAAGGUUUCAACAGCGAUCUCCGCGAAGCAAAGAAGCAACUCGAACGUGAGGUGAAUCGUGAUACCCUUGCGAUACGAUUUUCGGAAAUCAAACCCGGAUGGAACCGCAAUCGAGAUAAUAUCUAUCAAAAUUUGCUGCUGAUGGAAAACUUCCUCAAUGAGUUGCAAUCGAAUCGCGCUAGUCUGGUUGAAGCCGAAAAGCAACGCGACUCGCUAUCCCGUCAGAUUCAGCUGAUUAGAGAGGCUGAGUCAUUGAACUCGGCCAUCGGGAGUCACCCUUUGAACACUUUGUCGCAAAGGUACAGCGUUUACAAGAAGAUAGUCGAAGAUCACAAUGCGGCUAAGAAAGCGAUAGAAAAUAGAGCGAUCGAGAGCGAGAGUACUCUCGAGGGCUUCCGAAGCUUUAUGAAAGACAUCGAAAAUGGCAAAUUGCAAGAAUAUCUCAGGGGCGUCAAUGCCAAUCCCGAACUAUACGGUAAUUCCGAGUUUGAGCUGGUGGAAGAUUUUUUGAACCAAUCGAAUCUUCGUGAUACGUUCCUGACAGCGAACGCUUGCCGACAUGAGUUGAACGAGUACACGUUCCAGGCCACGGUUUUGGUGAAGCGUGCCCUUGAAACGUUGAGUCAGUUCAGUGCCAUUAUUUGCUACUAUCCGAAAGAUUUCGAGCAGAGCCACCGUGAUUUCAAGUACCGUGACUGGUGCAGGAAGCUUGUGAAUGAAGGAUCUGCUGCGACUUGUCAAGAGAUAACACAAAACUACCAACAGUUUGUCGCAAAUGCACGCCAGCACGCCUGUGGUCCGCAAAUAUUAUCCUUCUCCUAUCAAUUAAAGAACAUAAUCUCCGACACUGCAUUCAAGCUGUCUGACCUGGUAGCUUGCAACGCUCAGGAACUGAACGAGAGUACCGUUCCAAUUGAUCAACUGUACGAAAAUGCUCUCUCCACCAUCAACGCCAUAGCCCUGGGGAACACAAACGGACGCCAGUCUCUGUUAUUUGCUGGGUUGCAACUUUGCUUGGAUCUGAAUCAUAACUAUUUGCUGAUGGAGCAAACGGCCUCAACCGCUGGGGAUUCGCUGAUCGAGUUGCAAAUAAAUGACAAUUGGUUCUUGCCUGAAUUCUACAUGGCAAUCACACAAAUGAGUGCCCUCUAUCAGAUCCUGUUCGAGAAAGACACCCAGAAAGCAUCGAGCGAUUGUUACGCCACAGGUUUAAGUUGCCUCUCGGCUUGCGUGGGAAUCUUCGAUCACCUUCAGAACAUGAACGAAUGCAUCGCUCGCGAUUUUCUCUCCGAUACCAUGCGAGGUAUCAUAUCGGAGAACCAAAGCGUAAUCGACAUGAUCUCGGCAGUGUCCAAUCUACAAACGGACGUCAUCCCCCUGGCUGAACUCCUCAACGAGCUGAACAGGCACCUGCAGUGUGUGGUUAUGAAUGUACCAUCGUCGCACGCCCACGCGUUGGAUUCGGUUGACCAGUUGAAAAGAAAACUGACUGCGCUGGGAGACUCUUUCCGAAAACAGGAAAUCCCAUCCGAAGGAUCACAACUGUAUCUAACGCUGCAUCAGUUUUUCCACGAUCUGCUGGAGAAGCAGAAUGCGUUGAUACAUAUCGUGAACGAAAGAUUCCUAACCAUCCAGGAAGCUGACUACAUCGACCAGAUUAAAGAUUCCAAAGAUCUAGCGGUCCUGAUCUUCAACAAAUCCACCUACAAUGUAUUGGAGGCCAUCUUUGUGGUAAAACGCGUACAGGCCAUGGUAGAGUUCUUCACAUCAUGCCUUCAGAUGGCGUGUGCAUUCAAAGGAACCGGCAUGGCGGCAGCAUUCAACGACGAUACCCUAGUUCGACCCAUCCGUAAGUUCAUAGCAGAUUUUGUCUACCACUGUAUGCUGGGUAUUGGCCCAUCCGCCUCUGGGUUGGUCACCUACGGAAUACUGCUACGGAUUAAUCCCCACAUUAAGCAUACCAGUGAAAUGAUCCAGCAUAUGACUGGAUCGGAUCGGGUUAAUCUGUCGGAUCUGUACAAUGAAAACAUCGAUCGAAUCAUGAGUGCAGAACAAAUAAGCGGGCUGGAUCUGAACCAGGCGACCAAUGCUUGUUUGCAUCUUAGUUUCACGUGGAAAAAGAUGAUGAGAAUAAAACUGCUAUCUGAGCGCAUCCUGACGGAGCAAAUAUCUGUAACCCGAUCGCAAAUGCUCUUCGUAGCCCAUAGUUGGUUGCAUGAGCUAUCCACUGCGGAUAGCUCUGCGACUUUGUCGCCAAACGACUUAACCAUCUACGCCGACGGGUCUUUGAUAUUGGUUCAGUUGAAAAACUUGCUGGAAUCAUUAACAUCAUCGAAGGUAUCGAUUCUGAGACUGCGAGACGACAUACUAUCCAGCACCAAUGCAAUCCUUCAUCGCCUGAAGUGGGCCUCGGGAGCCAAUCCAGAGCUGGUACAUCUCCUGAAAUCAUUCGAGCAGGCUUCACUGCAGAAACGCGACUUUUUGGACGAACAGCUGCUCUACUUAGACAUUGCGUUGAAGCAUUGCAGCUCGGUAUUGAACUACCAAAUCGUACGCAUGCAAGUCAACAGACAGGUAGAACAGGACCACGAAUUUAUCAACUUGAUUGAGAGAUACAGGAAAGCCUGUAUGAAGCUGAACUCAUGUUCAGCAAUGGUGAAUCGCACGGAAGAGGCUCUUGUUGAAUUGCUGGAUCCAGAAGGGCAAAUCGAUCACAUUUGGAUAAGUAAUGUGAAAGCAUUGAUCGACGAUAUGACGGAUCAGGUCCAGAGUAAGAUUGCGCAAACCGAGAAGAUAGUUCACAAUGCGCAGGACAAGUUGCACAUGAGUGCCAAUGAGCUAAAGGAACUCAUGGGCGCGCAUCACUCGCUGGCCUCGGACAUUCGUAAUCUGCUCAAAAUGAGACUCAAGAUGGAAACCACCCCGGCGUUGCGGGAAUAUCUGCUCCGAUACAAGGCAUUCUUGGAAACCGUCUCUGACCUGUACUCCAACGUGCUGAGCAAGGAUUUCACCGAUGAAAUGGUGUGCCAAGCGAAGGAGCAGGUGCGUGAAACGAUGCCCAAUGUGCACAAAAUCUUCGAUCAGCUGUUCCAGUUUGAGCAAAGCGCGAACGCUGAGCACGACGACUCUGGUGGAACUGGUGAGGAAGAGGAAACCGACAAACUAAGCGCUGAAAUGAUGGAAUCACCCUUGAAACGGCAUCAUAUGAAAGCACAUCGUACCCAAAAGGAGCAGAAACGGAACGCCUAUGCCGUCUCGGUGUGGCGUCGCAUCCGGAUGAAGCUGGAAGGCAGAGACCCAGAUCCAAACCGCCGUUGCACCGCGCAGGAGCAGGUCGAGUGGAUGAUACGGGAAGCGAUGGACCCGGACAACUUGGCAGUCCUCUACGAGGGAUGGACUCCUUGGGUGUGAAUUCUCUUGCAACACGGUAACAGGUAAACUUGGUCGGCUUAAAUCUUCAACAUACAUCAAAACCCAGAUGAGAGACACAUAGCGAAUGGGUAUUCGCGAUGGCGUGUUCCAUUUUGGUUUCAACAAUCUUCCGUCGAGUCAGACUGCUCACCAUCGACGCGGGAGUCAUCAAUCUGAGCAACUCAGCAGAAGUGGCACCGCCAUGGUUUAUAUUCGGAGUAGCAUCAUCAGCGAUUCCGGAUCCCACCAUGACAGUUUGACCAGUCUGCACGGCAGCCUCACCUGAGCUUUUGUUCGCUGUAGCAAUACAAUCCCGUAGUGAAGCCGAUUCCGGGUGGAGUAACCUCCGCUGCAGUACAGCGAAUGAUCUUAGGUCAUUUACAAUCCUUACCAUAAAAUAACACGACCUUUCUUGCCAUAGAGUUCAAAAUGCAUUUGAAUGUUGUCCCCAGUAAUAUUAUUCCUCACUACCGACUCCCGAAAUGCCGCGAUCAGGCUCAAAAAAUACCUUCCAACUCUCUUAUAACAUCAUAGAAGAACCGAAAUAACAGUUGUUAGGUAACGGUAAAGAGCGUUUCAUGGGAACCAGCUCUGAAUACAAGGUAUGAGGAAAGCACAUAAUAUUACCUUCCAUUACAACUUGCAACAAGCGCCACUAUCAAAUAUUGAAUUUGAAUAAUAUCCAACAUGCAAUCCUUUUGAUUUUUUUUUUAUUUAAUUUUCAGUUUUUUUUUUAAUUUGAGCCUAUUAAUGUUAAAACAAAGCAGUAUAGUUGAGUCUCCCAGAAAAGUCACCCGGAUUACAUCGCCCUUAAUUAUUAUUUUUCCAAACAAUGUAACUGAAUUUUAAUGGUGUAUACUUCGUUGUUGGCCCAAACCAUUCCCAAAAGUUCAUUGGAUUUCAAAUAGCUUAAAAACGAAGAGCGCAAAGUAGAUGGCACUGUUUUGUGGGAGGCUCAACUCUUCUACCUAAUUAGCGCCGGACUAGUGCUGUCGAUUUUCUUUUAAAGAUUUCUUUUCUUUUGAAAUCAGGUGACAAAAAAUAAAAAAGUGAAAAAAAAAAUCGUAUAAAAAGAAUUGACGAUGCAAGACAGGCCAUAAGUACCUAUUGCAAAUAAUCUUUUUAGUUCUCGAAGUUGUUCAUGCACCUCAUGUUAACUGAAAAUUAUUCUGAAACCUUCAUACCUACAUUCAUUAUUUAGUUUUUUUUUUUCAUAUUCACCAUUGGUUGGGGCGCAUUUUUAUUAUUUUUUAAAUACCCCAAGUGACCACGCAGCUCAAGCCUCAAUGUAUGCAUACACACAGUGUAUUCGAUCUAUCGUCCCAUUUGAUCGAAUAGCGUUCGGCCAAACGAUAUUCGACCAAACGACAUUCGGCUAAAUAGCCGAACACCGCAUAAGCAAGCAUCACUCUUACAAUCACAGUUCAAUUAAAGUGGAGGCUCAAUGUAGCCGCAUUGUAUCCUAUUGUAUCUAAUUUCAAUUUGGCUUUAUUAGGGUUCCUUUCCAGAAUAAUUCAACUAUACACCUAUACCUAUUUACCAUAAGCAUGCAACAAGCAUUGCGACUUGAGCAGUGUGUUUACUUGGCACGAUCUUUAAAUCAUUGAAAAUCAGGCAUUAUUUAUCUUGUACCGACUUUUCUAACCCUCAGAAUACUCUCUACGAAUGAGUGUAAUCAGUUUUGCACCUUUUAAUUCCGCCCCCUUUUGCUUAUCCUUUGACAGAUAUGCGUAUUUCGACUACCACUUUUGUAAUCUUCCUCAGUGUCAGUUAUUGAGUAUAUCUGUCAAAGGAUACUCAAAAGAGGACGGAAUUCAAAGGUACAAAACUGAUUUUACUCAUUCGUAGAGGGUAUUCUGCUUAGAAAGUCGGUACAAGAUGCCUGAUUUUCAAUUAUGGGAUUGUUUGGUAAGACCUAUAUACACGUUCUCCUCAAUUUGGAAAAUUUAUGCCGAUGUUCCUCUGGGGUAAAAUAAUUACUAUUGUUUUUGUCAAUUGUUUUGUCUAACUGUAACUGUCUCUUUUUGUGUCGUUUUUGGUACAUGACUUCAGAAUCCCUAAUGAUUCCGAAGCUAUGUACUAAAAACUACACAAAAAGGAACAGUUACAGUUAGACAAAACAAUUGACAAAAACGGUAGUAAUUAUUUCCCCCUGAGGAAGACACUAUUAUGUCGAAACGUCGGGUGAAUAAAACAACUUGUUUUUUAAAUCCCAAGACUGCGUAGCCGGUAACCAAGCGAGUCAACCAUACAGUCGUAUUUCAAAAAAUCCUGGAUUGAAUGUCAUUUAGUCCCUUUUUUAUUGUCGUGGAUCAUUAAACGUGACCAAUCCUGCAUCUUUUAUUUUUUUUGGUAGAGCUCCGAAACAAUUUAUAUCAAAGCUCCUUGAGACAACUUCGAAAUAUUUCGAAUAUACAGACACCGAGUGUUAACUAUGUGCUCUGCUGUCAUAUGUAUGCCUUUAAUUUGUUCGUCAAAUAUCGUAAUAUUUCGAAUUAUCCUCCCGAAACCGUUCAACUUCUACACCUGUUUAUUAUUGUUUGUCCCAACACUUCUUUUGUGUUUAAGCUCGCUAUCAAACCAGUUGUAGCCCACAGAUGACAAAAUUGAUGUCACUCUAUGGUUUAGUAGAAUCUAACAGAUAAAAUUCAAAAUCAUCUCAUCAUCCUAAAUGCUGUAACAUCAUUGGAGCAAAAACCAAGCAUAAGUUCUUAACAGAUAUGUAGUCCAGUAACCCCGCGCGUCACGUUCGUUUUUUCUGUGCUUAAAGAUUCAGAAUACACACAUAUUGCUUAUAAGCUA